GUGAGGAAGAUGGCGGCACCGCGAUGGUUGUUAACGAGAGCGUCAAUGUUCCUGAACGUUGCGUUGGUGAUCUGCCUGUUCGUCUACACCUCGCCCCCCACUCCUGCAGACGUACUCCAAGUCAGUUCUCCUCACAGCCUACUUGUGUCGAAGCAGUACGAAUCGGCAAUAACGUCAAGUGGUGUUACCAAGUUAGCCACUAAGGAUCUAACCACCCCUGGUUCAGUUCCUUCUGUCGGGUUGUCACUGGAGACGCCACUGGACUCCCUGGAGCGCAAGAUGUAUCCAGAACUGCAUGAAUGUUCCAAUUGGCCAAAGCACCCCAUUACUUACAACCGAGGUGAUUACUGGAUUCUGGAGAACUACAUUCUUGCCACAGCCUCCUUUCUGUGUAACGAGUCGGUCACCUACAGUACGCAUGGUGAUUUCACCUACCUUGAAAACCUUAAGAUCCUCGCCGAACGCUGGAAGGGACCCAUUAGUGUGGCGGUGUAUGCUCCUGGGGACGACUUCAACUCCACGGUCAACAUUAUACUUUACCUCCGUGAGUGCUGGGACCAACGCAUAAAACAACAAGUUACCUUCCACAUUUACUUUCACACUUCUUUUACACCAAAACAGGUACCACCGAGUGAGGCCCUCUUACAAAGAGUAGUGAACUGCACGUCAGAUAUUCCGAGAUGGACCAACAUCACCACCUUCAGGAAAACGAAACAGCUCCUCUACCCAGUCAACGUGGGGAGGAACGUUGCCAGACAAGCUUCUCAGACCUAUUUCGUCUUUCCUUCUGAUAUCGAGCUGUAUCCUUCCAUCAAUUUUAUCCCAGGCGAGACAACCUCAGAUAUCGUUAUUUGGCCAUCCUCAACCGUCGGGUCUCCAGGUAAGAUUAUCCCCGACAUAGGUUGCUACUCCGCCUCCUUUCCUAAUGUGCCUAAUGAUAUCCCAGAGUUUAUCAAGAUGCUCAAAAAACCUGAUGUGUCGAACAGUACAAAUCACCGAGUAUUCGUGUUCUCCAUUUUUGAAGUGAAGAAAGAUGUGAAGCCUCCCGAGACAAAGAGCAAGCUUAUCGAGAUGCUGAAGGGGAAAAAAGCCUUCCACUUCCAUAAGAACAUCUGUCCCAAGUGUCAUGCAGUACCCAAGUCCAUGGAGUGGAUGAACGCGCCUAUACGACCAGGCAUGUCUGUGUUUCAUAUCGGGAAGCGGAAUCCUCCUCACCACAACCAAUGGGAGCCCAUCUACGUUGGCACCAAUAAAGAACCUUUGUAUGAUGAAAGGCUCUCUUGGGAGGGCAAGAGUGACAAAAUGACGCAGAUGUUCAUCAUGUGUUUGAAAAACUAUGAGUUUCAUAUCCUGGACAAUGCCUUCCUGGUGCACAAGCCAGGCAUCAAGACGAAUACCAAGGACGUGUUCAGAAACAAAGUGACGGCCAGACAAAACUCACUACUCAGCAAAGAAAUCCGACCCCAGUAUAAAAGUGUUUUUGGUUUGAGCAAAAACUGUACUGUGUAAGUAAACGGACCGCUUGUGUUGUUCAACAGUGUGGUCGGUGUGAACAGUGUGAACAAAACUAGAUUUUAUUCAUGGUCAACGCAGUGUGUUAUAUACGACCAACAUUACAACUCUUCAGUUUCUACAAAACCUGUUUUGCACAGUAUGAAUGAAAUAAAGUUGCUGUUGCUUAUGUAAAGACAAAUUUACAAUUUUAAUUCGAAGCAAAAACACUUUAUUUGAAUAAGCGCAAGUGAACCAAAUCCAUCACCGUUAAAGACUACAAAUGUGACUGAGACAGACAACACUGUUUACUGAGAGACGCUCAUUGAAGUUGACAAAUCAAUUUAUUUAUGGAAAAAAUUACACUUUUGUUGUCGUCUUGAAAAUAUUCUACAUAAAUAGAACUGAAUCAUAUUGUGUAGAGAA